AUGGCCAUGGAUUUAGAAUACUUCCAUCCACUGUCUUUGAGGCUAUCACGAGUGCUGGACGAUGUUGGUGUUAGCUGGCGUAUCAUGAAGAGAAGGAGGAUGACUUACUUGAACAGAGAGGCAACAGAAUCACUUUGGGCCAUGCUUCUUGGGAAGGAUGUGGUUUUCUUCUACUUUGGAAGUCAGUCUGAGGGUACAACGUCCCGGGGUCUGGGCUCUGAUGUUGACAUUCUUGGGUGCUUAGGACACGUAAACAUAAUGACGGACAAAAGAGAUUGGAUUUACGGGAAGGACAAUCUAUUCAUGAUAAAGGAGGAACUAACACCCCCUCAACAUUAUCUGCUACAGGAGAUAAGAGCUGACAUUCCUGAACCUGUCACGGAUUCACAACAGUGUUACUGCUUAAAAGAUGUAAAUGGUAGAUCGUUUAGAAGUAGUUUAUUAGUUGACAUUGCGGCUAAAAUGGUCUUUGGGAAAUACAGAAUGGUAUCAAGCGGUCCUUCAAAAAGUAUUUCGAAAGACGUUGACGUAGUUGCAGCUUUUAAAUGCCGAUCCUUACCACCCGAAUGCCAGGCCUGGUUCGACAGACCAAGACCUGGUCAUUGGCCAAGCGCAUAUUUAUUCCGUCAGGCCAGGCAAUGUGGAUGUUUCCUUGUCCCUGAUGGACAUCCGGACAGCUUCAGUGAACACUUGGAGUGGAGAAUGACGCCGAAUUUAGUUGAAAGAUUACUUAUGUUUAGUUUAAAUAUAAUCCAACUAAAGUGUUAUGUCUUGUUGAAGAUGAUUAAGAAAUGUUUCUUCGCACCCCUUGUUGGAGAUCGCUUCACAUCAUUUCAUUGUAAGACUGUAUUGUUUUUCACAGUAGAGCGAACACCACCAGCACUUUGGAAAGAACACAACUUGCUUAAAUGUGUUCUUUGCUGCAUACACACACUUAUAAGGAUGCUUAAGAUUGGUUGGUGUCCCCAUUUCAUCGUUUCAGGUGUAAAUUUGUUUGACGGAAAACUGCAAAAACACAGUCAGUGUAAGCUAUAUUCCCUUAAAACUCAACCCACCGGACAGGCGUUCAGAUCAGAUGUCCAUCAUAUUGACAAUAACAUAUGUUCAACAACGGUGGCAUGUUGUGUUCAAUUCCUGCGGGAAGAGGUGUAUUGUGUUCCUGAUAUAAUGUUGUACGAAAUGGACAGAGCAAUUAGAGACGAUUUGAACCACAGAAGUAGUAUGGAACAGAAAUGGAUGGACAGUGCUGUGGUCGACUUCAAGCCAUACCUCUACUACUUACAAUGUCUUAACUUUGGGGCCCUUAGGCUAAGGACAAAACAGAGGCAGGCUCUGGAAAACCUUGUAGAUGCUUUUUCUGAGGAAUUUAGAGAUCAGUUACACCACCCAGAGACGGUUGCUAACCUUAUGGGUCACUGCUUCGAGAUGAAAGGAAAUAUUCCCAUGGCCAAUGCAAUAUAUAAGAAAUCAGUGGAUUUUAUGCCAAUGAAUAACGCCGCUAAUUGGCACGUGAGGAGAACAAAGAGGAUGCUCUAA